UGGACAACAGCAAAGAGUCUGGUUGAAGAGCACAUUGGGGAGACACAGAAGACCAUUUAAAGCAGCUGACUUUGGUCUUACAGGACAGAAAUUAAGAACCACAGAAGACUGGGAUACCUGAGCCUGUUCCUAUGGUUCUGAAGUUCAUCGGCAGAAACAGAUGCUGUCCCAGCCCUGAACUUGACAUCUGUAACAACCUGGACAUGUGGUGGAUGCUGUUCCCCAGAUGGAUCUGUUUUUUUCUGGGACAAUUCUUCGUCCUUUUCUUGAGCCGCAGUGUGAAGGGCAUGGCUCUGCCGAGAGUUGUCUAUUCUCACGCCGGGAUCUGCCCCAACGAGAUGAACCCAAACCUGUGGGUAGACGCCAUGAGCACCUGCCUGCGAGAGUGCGAAUCGGACCAGGAGUGCGAGACCUUUGAGAAAUGCUGCCCGAACGUCUGUGGGAACAAAAGCUGUGUGGCUGCCAGGUACAUGGAUGUCAAAGGAAAGAAGGGUCCUGUGGGGAUGCCCAAGGAGGCCACCUGUGACAAGUUCAUGUGCACGCAGCAAGGCUCGGAGUGUGACAUCUGGGAUGGGCAGCCAGUCUGCAAGUGCCGAGACAGGUGUGAGAGAGAGCCCAACUUCACCUGUGCCUCUGAUGGCUUGACCUAUUACAACAGGUGCUACAUGGACGCAGAAGCCUGCUCGAAAGGCAUCUCCUUGUCAGUGGUGACCUGCAGGUACCACCUGACCUGGCCGAACACCAGCCCCAUUCCGGUGGAAACCACAACCCGCCCCACCACAGCUUACCUGGAGACCACAGCCAUCGAUGUCCUCCCGCCUGUCAUGGUCACCAACCCCACCCACCAUUCUGUGUUUGUGGGGGAAACGGUGAGCUUCCUCUGCGAUGUGACCGGGCGGCCCAAGCCGGAGAUUACCUGGGAGAAGCAGGUCGAGGGCAAGGAGAACAUCGUUAUGAGACCCAACCACGUGAGGGGAAAUGUUGUGGUCACCAACAUUGGCCAGCUGGUGAUCUACAAUUCUCAGACCCAAGAUGCUGGCAUCUACACUUGUACUGCCAAGAACCCGGGGGGCUCAGUCCAGGCACACUUCCCUUUAUCAGUGGUGAAAAGGGAUCCUUCUAAGAAAGAAGACCAGAAAAACUCAACACAGUUUCCUGCAGAUGAAUGCUUUAAAAUGCCUGACAAUGAAGACUGCGGGGAGGAAAAAUUGAGCUGGUAUUAUGAUUCCAAGAAGAACAACUGCUUCACUUUCACAUAUGGCAACUGCAACAACAACAUGAACCACUUUGACACCUAUGAUUCUUGCAUGCUGUCUUGUGGAGCAGAAGUGGCCAAUCUUUGUGGCCUGCCCACCCUCCAGGGUCCCUGCAAAGCCUACGAACCAAGAUGGGCUUACAGCAAUGUUCUAAGGCUGUGUCAGCUGUUCAUCUAUGGAGGAUGCGGAGGCAAUGAGAACAACUUUGAAAGCAAAGAGGCCUGCGAGGAAAUGUGUCCUUUUCCAAAGAACCAGAAUUGCAAGAUGUGCAAACCGCGACAGAAAAUGGUGACCAGCUUCUGUAAGAGCGACUUCGUAAUCCUGGGACGGAUGAUGGAACUUACAGAAGACCAGGAUUCGGGACAUGCCCUGAUCGUAGUGGAAGAAAUUUUGAAGGAUGAGAAGAUGGGGCUCAAGUUUUUCGGAAAGGAACCUCUGGAGGUCACCCUCUUAAACAUAGACCGCAAUUGUCCCUGCCCCAACAUUACCUCUUCAGAUGGGCAGAUGAUCAUAAUGGGUGACGUCCACAAUGGCAUGGCUGUGCUGCAGCCUGACAGUUUUGUUGGGGCAUCCAGUGCAAAACGCAUGAGGAAACUCCGUGAGCUCAUUCACAAGAAGACUUGUGACUUUUUGAAAGAAUUCUCCACAAUUCAAUAAUCGGCCUGCGGUUCCUGUUUUAACAUGCUGCACUUAGACCAGUCUAAACUAAUAAGACUUUCAUAUCCUUCCUUUUAAAGGAAUUUGAAAAACAAUGCAUUGAAAUUUAAAUCAGUACUCACCUACAAUAGAGGGGAUUGCUUUACUGAAGCAGUUCAAGAAUGGUGUGGCCAUCAUACCUACUGAACUUAAACUAAAACACAUUGGGAAGCUUUGACUUCUGUGUAGUGAGAUAAACCCAAUUAGGUUAUAUUAGUCAAGUCCCUCAAUUUAAAGCAGUAUAGGAAAAUAUAUAUAUGUGUCCAAUUUUAUUGUUUGUACAUUUAUUUCCAUUCUGCCAUGACUUUCCAGUUGAUAUUUAUUUUAAAAGCAUAGCUUUGUGCACAGCUUGUUAUGAAGCUUUAAAAGUUAGAACACUAACAAAUUAGGAAGUUAAUUCACUUUGUUCCUAAGGUCAAUUAUAGUUUGUAAAAAGUAGAAAUACAGAAGUAUGCAAUACACUUUACAUACCGCACUUUAUUGAUCAGAAACUGCAAAGCCACAUGUGAAUUUUAGGCAUCACAGACUACGCUUGCAGUCAUCACACAGUACAAGCAGUACACCUCAUACUGGCCUAUUUCAUUGAGUCACUCCCUCAUUUUAUGUUUUUUUUUUUCAACGUGUUUGUUUUGAUGGAGUGCCAUCCUGUUUUCCUGAAGAAGUUAAGUAAUAUGUUUUUUUGGACAUUGGAACCGCUGAAACAAAUCCGGCUGUUUUGCAGCUUUUGUGAACUGAUUCCCCUAGCGUUAAUCUCACCUUGUGCCUUGAAAGGAAUUUUCCACUCCAACGACUACAAACAACAUGGACUCUGCUCCAGCACUUACUGGAAGAAAUUACAUUUGAUUAAUUAAGCUUUUAAAAGAUAAUAACAGUCUUAAAUCUGCUAAUAAAUGCCAUUAAUAAGCAUGUUAUUUAGUGCUCUAAGUAAUGUUUUGUUUUUCUUGGCAUCUGUUGCAUCCAAACAUGAUGCUGUGCUGCUAUUUCGUGUCCAUCGUUUCAAAGUUAUGGAAAAGAGUAGCAUUGGUCCUAUAAACGAACGUACUGAGUGAACCUUUUUGAUGUAUUUCCAAAAUCAUUUUGCUUAAUGCACUUGAAAAAAAAAGUUGUAAUAUAUUUUCUCAAAGGUCAACUAUUAUAGGCUCCAUGAAUCAAUAAAACAAGAUAUUUUAUACUGACAUUCCAGCACCUUGCCAUUCUGUUAGAAUUUGAAUGUGGUUUUCUGUCUAUUUGCUUUAUUUCUUUUGUAGUUUGAGGUAGUUUCUAUUUAUUUUGUAUGCUGCUAUCUUUUUAGCAACUACCUUAUUGUGUUGGGUUCAGGAGAAAGUUUUGUAAAUCAUUUUUUUUCUUCAAGCACUUAAUGGAUUCUUUUUGUCAUCAAAUUUUUGUUUUCCUUUUUAUAUUUCCAGGUAGGAUGUGAUGCUAUGUUCACAAAAACAUUAAAAAACAUGGAAAAGUGGUAAUAAGAAAUAAAGACAUUCAUGAGUGAAUGUUAAAAUAUUAAACUGUUCUGAUAUGAAGCUUUGAGUGGGAAAAAUUGUUUUGCAAUUGUAUAUGUUGCAAUUUGUUGUAACUUAGAUCAUACUGUAUAAUUCUCAAAUGUCAGAUGUUACUCAAGGUAAUAAAUGGAAUGAGUUAGACAUUCUCUGUAUUAAAAAAGACUAGAAUAUAAAACAAAAUGGUUAAUUUUUUCAUUGAAAGGUAUGUUGAAAAUAAUAUAAUUCAACCAAAAAGUGUGUGUAGCUCCUCAGAAUGACAUCAUGGUAUUUCAGAGUUUAUUUUAGAUAUGGAGCACUUUUUGAAAAAGUUUAUAUUAAGCAAAUCACAGUUUGUUGACUGAGUAAUUAUAACAUUUAAACACAGAAAUCAAGGGACACAGUCAGGCAUCUACAUGCUUUUUACGUAUGAGAAGAAGAAACAAAUUGUACAAAGCACAGUGAAACGUUCUGUAAGGAUCCUUCAAAAAAAUCCACAUAACAUGCACAUUUCUGAAAACUCAUUCACUUUGAGGAUCAGAGGAGAUGUUCAGUGUUUGGCAAGGUGGUUAAAUACUAUAAUUCUGCAGUAACUUUAAUUAGUGGUAUAAUAUUAAACUUAAUUUGGAAUAAUGUUUUUAA